AAGCUUUCAGUUAUAAUUACUAGUACUAUAUAUAUGGCCUAACCCAAAUUCUCUUGUUCAUCAUUCAGCACAUCAUCUUUUCUAGUAUUUGUUAGUUGGGUUCUAUUACUACAAUCACCCGAUUUAAUUAGAACUCCAUUUUUGUUGCAACAAAACCAAAAACACAUACAUUAUUUUGACAUCGAGAAAAUUUGCAUUAAUUAAAACACAUACUUAUUCUUUUUUAGUUGGUUAAAUUUCAAUUUAGAUCAUGAAGCAACAUCCAACUAUGGGAAUCCCGGUAGGAGAGCCAGUACAUGCUCCUCAAUUUGCACCCCUAAAUCAAUCAGCUGUUGUUGGAGAAUUUUCUACUGGUCUUUGUGAUUGUUUCUCUGAUGUUUCCCUUUGUUGUUUGACAUGCUGGUGCCCAUGCAUCACCUUUGGACGUAUAGCAGAGAUUGUUGACAAAGGAUCAUCAUCAUGUGGAACUAGCGGGGCGAUAUAUUCACUUAUUAUGGCCUUCACUGGAUGUCAAUGGAUAUAUUCAUGCACAUAUCGUUCAAAGAUGAAAGCUCAAUAUGGAAUGCCAGAAAAUAGUUGUGGAGAUUGUUGUACCCAUUUUUGGUGUGAGGCUUGUUCCUUAUGCCAAGAGUACCGUGAGCUUCAACAUCGUGGUUAUGAUCUUGCACUUGGUUGGCAUGGUAACAUGGAGAGGCAAAACCAAGGAAUGGCAGUGCCACCAUCAAUGCCAAGUGGAAUGACCCGAUAAGCUAGUUGAUCAUGCAUGGGACGCGAAACUCCAUAGAAAAAAAAAUUGUUGUAGAUGAGAGACUCAAUAAUAAAUAAGUUGUUGUAAGAUAUGGAUUGAUUCUUGUGUUAUGUUAUUCUUGUUCAUUUGUUUAUUUAUUUAUUUAGUUAAGUUUUGCUUAUGUCACGAGUGAUGUAUAAGUGGCAAGAGUUUGAGGUCGUCAUCGAGCUUUUAUAAGCCAUCUCAUGUAAUGUUGUAAUUGUUUUCUUUUUCUUGUUAAUUCUUUCAAUGUAGAGAUUAAGUGUGUUAAUCUUGUUUGGAAGGUCAAAAACAAAAAAUAAAUUAUAACAUGUAAGUUUUAUUUUAUA